AUGUCUUCCUCAUCAACUGAUGAAGUAGAUGAAGCUUUAGACGAAAUAGUCGACCAAGUAGUUGAAAAUUACAUCGACUCAAUGGUUGAUGGUGAAGCCAACAAGCCGACGAGACGAACUUAUAUCGAAAGAGAUCGGGAACUAGGACACAGUCAACUAUGGAACAAUUAUUUCAAGGAAAAUCCUACAUACCCACCGGAAUUGUUUAGGCGGCGUUUUCGAAUGAACAAGCCAUUGUUCCUUCGCAUUGUCGAACGCCUAAGUAGUGAAGUUCCAUACUUUCAGCAAAGAAGAAAUACUCACGGAAGGUACAGGCUAUCUGCACUUCAAAAGUGUACAGCAGCUAUACGUAUGCUGGCAUAUGGUCAAUCGGAAGAUACAUAUGACGAAUAUCUACGACUUGGUGAAAGUACAUCAUGUUUCUGUUUGGAAAAUUUUACUAAUGGGAUAAUACUAUUGUUUGGAGAUGAGUAUCUACGAAGACCUACACCUGAAGAUCUUCAACGAUUACUCGAUGUUGGAGAGGUACGCGGGUUUCCAGGGAUGAUAGGCAGCAUCGAUUGUAUGCAUUGGGAGUGGAAAAACUGCCCAACGGCUUGGAAAGGUCAGUACACAGGUGGUUCAGGAAAGCCGACAAUUGUCUUAGAAGCUGUGGCAUUACAAGAUCUUUGGAUAUGGCACGUAUUUUUCAGAUUACCAGGAAAAGAUUGGAAAGAUAAUGAGAACUUGUGUCAUAUUGCACAAAUGAUAGUAGAGAACGAACGACACGGGUACACUCAAAUUGAUACAUCUGAGUUCGAGUCAGGAGAGUCAAGCAGAAGUUCCAAGGUGUAA